AUGCUCAACCGGCCGGAGCUUGGCUGCCUAGUUCGGUCCAUCAUAUUGACCGGAUAUAGCUGGCUCAAGUGGCAUGGGCAUCUACCACGCAAGAUUCCUGUUGAUGAUUCUCGUCUGGAUGAAAUCGUGGGAGCAAUCGAGAGGAUCAAGAUGCCAUUCGGUAAGCUCUGGAUAUCAGAACUACGUUCGGGGACCAUGAAUGCCUUCGUCGCCGUGCUUCUUUCGCAGGUCCCCAGGCUGGAGACACUAUCUUUCAGUCUCAACUUCGCCAAAGAGUGGGUGCUUACGGGCAGAAUGUUGAGGGCCGCGCUUCUCGAGCCAAGGAAUACCGCCUUGCCAAAGUUUGACCACCUGAAGAAGGUGAGUUAUUAUGCUCCCAUGGACGGAGACCUGAUGAACCGGAUCCCCAACACUGUCCAUGCCAUGACGCUAUUUUACCUGCCCAACAUGGAAGACAUUCGUGUCAAUAUCGAAAACCCCUACUCCUGCCUGGCCUACCAAAGCACCUAG